GAACGCCGUCAGCAGGCUGUGUGGCAGCUCGCUCCCAGCUGAGUGUCUCUCAGUCGCUCAGCAGCACCCUUCUACAGUGUCGGAGUGUCAACACAGGGGGUUUGCAAAGCGUGCGACCCGGCACAGCGUUCCAGUUUCGCAACGAACUCGCCCGGUGCUGGAAGUACAUAUACACGGUGUGCGCCCGUUUCCGGUCGCCCGGUCGCUCUCGCUGGUCGUUUUGUGUGUGUGUGUGUGUUUGUGUGUGCGCGCAUUUGGCGACGUGUGAAAACCCAACUGAAAGCGAACGAAACGCAUUGGACAGGUUGACGUGUGGUGUGACGUACUGCCAGGUUUAGCAGUCCCAACAGAGGUCGCCUCCAUCACGAUGAGGUUAACCUGUCGGAGUUUGUGGUUGAGGUUUGGUUGAAGAUCAGCUGUAACCACCUUGGUGACUAACUAAUCGCAUAAAGUGUUAGUGUAUUUGUUUGUGAUGAGUGUGUGUGUGCACCACGAUGAAUAAUGGAAAUGGAGUGAAAGAGUUUGUGUGCGUGCGUGUGUGAUGUAGCUGAUGAAAUCUGCCUUGCCUUGCGGAAGAUAAAUAAAUGUCAAAUGUGACAGGUGCGAUCGAUCGCAACUGUCAAAUGCAAGCGCGUGCGGUUAUAGCAAUUAGUGAGUGUGUCGGAAGGAGUGCUCUCGUAGUAAGAGAGUGAAAAAUCCAACCCCCGCCCCACCCGUGGGAACUUGUGCCCCGUUUGGUGAACAUGUGCGAGCGAUAAUCCUUUCCUGCAGUUUCCCGGGUGAAGAAGAAGGGUGGUAAUGGUGAUUUGAUGAUGGUGUCAAGCAGUCAAAUGGUUUGAAGAGAUUUGCACAGCGCACUAAUGCUGCUACAGGAGCAAGUGCGGAAGUUCUACAGCAAGGUCCGCGAGAAGGUUUAAGACCGGGUGAGGUUAAUUGAGAGGAAAACAGAAAGAAAGAAACAGCAAAUCCGCCAACUAUCGCCAGUUGCCUUAGUACGCGAACCCACAGUUCCACCGGCUGUCGGAUUAGUUCCCGUGGAUUGGCAUUGGUUUGAGCGGAAAAGUAAAGCGGGGCAGCAGCAAGCAGUGGUAGUAGUAAUCGAUUCGUGGCUCAGAACAAUAGCCAAUCCGAGCAGGAUGUGUUGUCGGUACGUUGCGUGAACCAUACAACGGGGAAACCCAGGAAGGAGGCAAAAAAAAAGUAAAAGCAAAAACAAGAAGCGAUUUCGUCCGCCGACUGUCGAUUCCAGCUGUCUGGCUGCGUUGCCGAAGGAAAUUUAUAGCCGAUUGUGUAGCGAAUAAAGUGAACCGGCGGGCCGGCAACCCCACGUUUGAACAUCGACAUCGAAGCGAGACGGUUUCGGUGUGUGAGCCCAGCACCAAACACACCAGCGCUCGCGUUGCCUUCAUCUCCGGCAAUGAAUCCGGUGCGAAGCAAUCUGCAUAGCCGCUUUUACUACAUCGCAUCAGAACAGUUGGGCGCUACCCUCGUCCCACCGAUGUCCGUUCGUGACCCGUUCGUCCGUCGUUGCGGUUCGGCCAGUGCAUCGGGCUCGGUCUGAGGUCGGGUGCACCGACUUUCCCCGCGGCAACCAUUAACGGUGGAGCGACGGCCGAGGGGCGGAGGCGCAGGCUCGCCUCGGAGCCGGGCAGAUCAAAGGCACAGUCCCUCCGGGCGGCGAAGAUGGCGAAGCACCAUCGCAUCCCGACGCUGGCGGAAAACAUCAACCGGUCGCCGCGGCUAAGCUACCUCGCCUCCCACUCGCAGUCGGCCUCGUUCAUGAGCGAGGGCGGCGAAAUCACGGAGCUGAUGGCGCUGGACGAGUCGGAAAAUCUGCUGCACGAUCGGACCGCCUCGGUGCAGGUGAUCAGUGGCAGCGGUGGCGCGCUCUGCAGCAGUUAUGGCAGCAGCUACGCUAGCGGAACGCUGGCGGGGCCGCUAACGCCGGGCGGACGGAUGCUGGUGGGUGGUAACGUCGUGGCGGCGGCCACUGCAAUCAACGGGGGCGGUGGUGUGAAUGCCGGCGGCAUCAGUCCGGGCGUGGGCAGCUACGGCGAGGGCAGCGAGCGGUUGGAGGAGCUCGGCAUCCCUUUCAACGAGCAGCUGAUGUACGGUGCGGUCGGCGGUAAGCUGCUAACGGGCUCGCCGACGGUAACGAUCCUGGAGAUGGCGGGCGGCGGUGGACAUGCGGCACUGAGGCAGAAAAACUUUAAGCGCAAGUCGACGGCAACUGCCGCGAUGGUGGCGUCGGGUGAGCAGACGUCCUUGAAUGCGAUCGGGCUGCAACUAUCGGUGGACCGAGGUGGACCGCAGGAGUGGGGCGAAGCGACCCGCAGCUACGUUAAAGCCCAGCGGCGUCAUGCCGGACGAGCGACCUUCCAGGGCCAGGUGUACAACUUCCUCGAGCGUCCGGCCGGCUACAAGUGCAUUGUGUAUCACAUCUCUGUAUUUUUGCUCGUUUUAGUGUGUCUGAUAUUUAGCGUAUUGUCGACGAUAGACGAGUACAGUAAGUUCGCGAACGAGACCUUAUUCUGGAUGGAGAUCUGUCUGGUGGUGUUUUUCGGCGUCGAGUACCUGGUCCGGCUCUGGUCCGCCGGCUGCCGGUCAAAGUAUAUGGGCUUCUGCGGCCGGUUGCGCUUCAUCCGCAAGCCCAUCUGUAUUAUAGAUCUUAUUGUAGUCGUAGCGUCUAUGGUUGUGCUGUCCGUCGGCUCAAAUGGUCAGGUGUUUGCCACGAGUGCCAUCCGAGGCAUUCGCUUCCUGCAGAUCCUGCGCAUGCUGCACGUGGACCGGCAGGGCGGUACCUGGCGGCUGCUCGGCUCGGUCGUGUUUAUCCACCGGCAGGAGCUGAUUACCACGCUGUACAUCGGGUUCCUGGGGCUCAUCUUCAGCUCGUACUUCGUGUAUCUCGCCGAGAAGGACGUGCUCGGGCCGGACGGAAAGGCCGACUUUGCCAGCUACGCCGAUGCGCUCUGGUGGGGCGUCAUUACCGUCACCACGAUCGGGUACGGCGACACGGUGCCCCAAACCUGGAUGGGCAAGAUCGUUGCCUCCUGCUUUAGUGUGUUCGCAAUCUCGUUCUUCGCACUGCCGGCCGGUAUCCUGGGAUCCGGAUUCGCCUUAAAAGUACAACAGAAGCAGCGCCAGAAGCACUUCAACCGGCAGAUACCGGCCGCCGCCAUGCUGAUCCAGUGCCUGUGGCGCUGCUACGCUGCCGACAAGAGCUUCCACAGUGACGCCACCUGGCAGAUCUACGUCAAGUCGGCCGACAACGGCAACAACAACGGCAACAGCAGCACCGCCCUUCCCUCGCAGUUGGGCAAAGUGAGUGCGAUGUUUAGCGGUACCCUUAUGGUGCAGGUGGCGCGGCGCGGUGCAUCGGUGCUGAAGCGACGGAAGUCCCGGAACCGCAUGGAGGCGCCCCAGAUGAAGCCCCCGCUCAGUGCCGGCCCGGGCGGUGGCCCGUCGGUGGGCGGUGCGACGGCAACGCAGACGGCAGCAGCAGCAGGAGGAGGACCAAAUGCUUCCGGUGUGAGUUGUGCUUCCGCAGCCGGUCCUGGUGGUCCGGGUGGCAGUGGAGGAGGAGGCGGUGGUGGUGGUGGUGGUGCCAGCGGGAGCCAAGGACCGACGGCACUCGCUCAAACGGCCGCCGGUAGCAUGGAUGGUGGACCGCUCGGGACGCCGAACACACCGGGCGGUGCGGCCGACCUGGCGAAAAGUGAGUCCGACGGGGACGUCGUCUUCUACAUGGAGGAGCCACGAUCAGCAGGUACCCCACUGCGAACGCGCCGUAACGAUCCGAACCGGGGCGUGUUCGUUAGCCAAAACAGUUCCGUCACGGAAGCACCGAGCGACGAGGUGGAAGCCGAACCGGAACCGGACGACGAACCGGAACCGGCCCGUGUCACGCAAUUGACGGAAGCGCACCGGAACGCGAUACGGGCGAUCCGGAAGAUCAAGUACUUUGUCGCGCGGCGCAAAUUUCAGCAGGCCCGCAAACCGUACGACGUCCGCGACGUGAUCGAGCAGUACUCGCAGGGCCAUCUGAACAUGAUGGUGCGCAUCAAGGAGCUGCAGCGCCGGCUGGACCAAACGCUCGGCAAACCGGGCAGCUAUCUGGCCGGCAUCGACCGGGUCGGCAACGUGAAGCCGAUGACGGUCGGCGCCCGGCUGUACCGGGUCGAGCAGCAACUGUCUGUGAUGGAUAAGAAACUGGAUCAAUUAACGCACGCCAUCAACUCGAUGACGAUGCAGCAGAAGAUGAUAUUACCGCCGAUGCAACCGUACCAGCAGGCGCAUCAUCCGCUGCACCAGCAGCAUCCGCUCCAUUCGCCCGCGACGCUCGGUGCCAUCGUGCAGCAUCAGCAAUCGCAGCAGCAGCAAUCGCAGCAGCAGCAGCAGCAACAUCUGCAGCAACAAAUCUCUCCACUCCAGCUGCCGGCUGCCCCAUCCCAGGCUUCCUCACCUUCGCUCGCGAUGAAGUGUCUCGAGGACGAUGUGUAAUAUUUAAUCUAAGCUCGUUCUCUCUAAGCACGUCCACACGUUCGAUGUACAAAGCAGGGAGAGGAGGAGCAGCAGCAGCAGCAUGCAGCGGCAGCGGCGAAGAAAAGUAUUGUGUUCAAGGUGUGCGGGUGGGCGGGCAGGUGCGAGCAAUUAAUGGACCAUUGGAAGGGAAAGGCGAAAAAAACAAAAAGGCGGGAAAACUAUUGCACAAUUGAUCGCUUUUGGACGGUGUACAGCUGGUAGCGCUUUAGGUUCAAAGUAGUUCUCUCCAAGUAAAUAAGACAACAAGACGGACGAAGAGAGGUGUAGAACGGGAACACGGCUUCACAGUGUUGGCAUGUGGCCCCUGGAUUUAACUCUAGCCCGCUCCUACAGCGCACCUUCUUCCAACGGCACGAGAUGAGCAGGUCGAAAGGAAGUGUUUUUGUAUACUUUUGCAAACUUGUGAACAAUCUCUGUACAAAACUGCAAACCUAUUUCGCAAAAGCCUAAGCUAGCCUAAGGGAACGUUUGUUGUUUGACAAGAAGAUUAUGAAAGCGAGAAAAGGAAGUAAAUAAAAAAAAGCAAACAAACCAGAAAACGGUUAAUGAAGCAAGAAAACAAAGCAAAACAGCGAGAAACAAAAGACGAAACAUCGAAAAACGAAAGGUGGGAAAAAAGAGGUAACGAAACUCGUCUCUCUAAAGCGGGGGAAACUUUCUAAGCAGACAAAACACAACACAGCAAGCAACUCUGGCAGAAGAUCUAUUUCUAUAUCUGAGCAAGUAGGCCGGCGGGAGGAGAGCCAUUGCCCUACCAACCAAAAUGUAAUUUUAAGAGGACAUGAGACUGUGAUAGUGAACGGCGUAAAGAGAGAAGAGAACAAAUACACACACACACUCACACCAAGAGCGACAAACAGACACACAGAGUAAAUUGCACGCGUGUGUAUGUGGAACAUAGCACACAGCCGUCUAGUUGCUCGAGUGCGUGUGUGUGAAUGGUGAACAUGUUCGGUGGUUCUGUGUUUAUUGUUCUAUUAGUAAGUGUUGUUUAGUUUUAUGUAAUGUUUCAUUCUCGACAGCCUUGUUACACUUUCUUUUACCUAAUAUCUUCUUAGAUGAUCUUGUUUACGUUUUUUUACGUUUCCUUUUACGUUGUUUGCAAUCACUUUCGUUAAACUUUUGCAUGUGUGUAGACCUUUCGAUUCGGUUUAGAUAUGGUACAUUACGGACAUUGGGAAAGGGGAAAAGCCCUCGACCACUAUAAACCUAUAAAAUUGAAUUGUUCAUCGAAAUGUUGUAGGGCAGCAGGGGCGAUGUUAGCGUGAAACGACGCGACGCACAUCGCCCCUGCUACAGUAAGAGUAAACCAACAAACAAACCAGCAAAAAAAAACCACAUCACAGAGCGACAAAACUAUACGAACGACGAUGAAGAAUAGUAAGCAAUAACUAACGCAACUCAAAUGCCUCGAAACACUUUUUUGAACACAUUGAGGGGUUGGUUUGAAGAGCCUCACGGUGGCGAAGAGCCUUUCUAUCUGCAAUCACUCACACUGACACACAUAUACACACACAGAUACAGAAACACACACACAUUCGCGGCUUUUAGCAUUCUGUGGUGGUGUUUCUGUUACGUACUCUGCGUUCUACGUUUAUCGCAAAAUAAACACCUCAAUCGUCCACUGUAUACUGAAAUCGUGUGGUUUUUGUUUUUCUACUGUUUACUUAUUAGUUUUUUUGUCAUUUUAAACUUACUAUAUGUUUUAUAUAUUUUGUUGAAACUCUACUUAUCGUUUUUGCUCAUACGUUAUCUUCGAAAGGUCGCAUUACACGAUCAAGGAUGUCCAUUAGAAUGUGGAAUCUGUUUUUGUACCUGUUACAGAAAUAUGCAAAAAAGUUUUCAUAUUCUUGCGGUCAUCUUUGAGCAGACGCAUCAGAGACCCCAUAUUUCAAUACGAACGAACGAACGAGCCAGUGCAUAAUGCUUGAGUUCAGUGAUUUUCUUUGCCCAUCAACAGCCGCUACGAAGUGUGAAAUUGCAUCUUAAAUUUGCAGCAUUCUACAUCACGGUUUUGUGUCGUGCCUUUUCAAAAACACUCCUCAGAGCACACACACACACACACACACACACACACACACACACACACACACACACACACACACACACACAAACACACACACUCGUUCACACAUUCUAGCUACUAUUUUAAGUGUUUAACCCUUGCUGCAUAGCUUACAAUCAUCUCCUUUUAACACAUCCUUUAACCAGUCACAGCCACAAAGGAGAAUGGGGGAAACAGUGCCAGCGACAGGCAGCCGCAAGCGCAACUGAAGUGAAAGUUCGUCACUGUGUCAAUGCGCACAAACUUCCGCACGUGUGUCCACACCACGUGCGGGGAGAUUUUGAAGCAAAGAAACACAUUCACUAUCACAAAAAGUGGGGGAAAAAGUAAAAAAAAAGAGGAGGAGAGAGAGAAAUGUGUACAGCAAAUGGAAAGAUAGUUUUAAAAUGUGGGCAAAACAUUAAAACCAACUUAAUUCCAUCUUUAAAUCGCGUAUUUCGCUUCGGAUUCUUUUUUUUAGAGUACUUUUAUAUGUGAGACUAGAUACACGGAAUAGAAUAAAAACACACACACAGACAUACAAAAAUAAAACAGUAAAGGAUUUUAAAAUACCAAUAUGUAAAAACACAAGUACUAGUGAAUUGCGUCUCCGAGCGGUUUUGUGUAAAUAAGGUUUAGCAAAUAGAUCAUCGUUAUGCUGUUUCGUUGUGCCUGAACUGUUUUAGCGUCUUUCUGUUUAACUCUCUUUCUCUCGUUGUCGUUGUCUACUGCUCCAACUGUUACCAUUUUGCGUGUUUGUAUUGUUUCCAGGUGCGUUUAGUGGCGAGUUUCGAAUUAAUGGAUAAGUGCAAAAAAAAAACCUUAUUAGCAUCAAUUACAACUCCACUGCUCUCCACAAGAGGGGAGACUUAGAUAAGAUUAGGCCAAUGCGAAGCUAACUAACACGUCUUGUGCAGAUAACUUAAGCGAAAACAUCAGCACUCAGUAUAAAUAGAGUAACAGGCAAGGAAAAAUACUGAAAGUGAUAUAACAUAUAAAGCAACACAGACCUAGACACUCAACUACGUUUAAAAAUAUGUAAGUAAGGGCAAGAAAGAAAAAAGGGGAAAAAUUGCACAUUUCUACACACUGUAACUCACCGGCAGCAGGGCGUUUUGGGCACAGAACGCUAUCAAAAGCACAUCAGGAUCCGCAACGAGUGUGCGAUAUGAGUGUGGUGGACAGACAGAUAAAACCAUUCUUACUGUGAUUAUUGUGACGAAAACGAAGGGAUGAGCAGAGCAUUGUCUUUAAAGUCCUUUGAAAUUUAGCCCAAACACAUACACGUACAGAUUCAUAUGACUAGUAAAAGUAACUUGUAAGCGCAGCAUUUGUACAGCAGCCCGACAGGAGAGUGCGUUUUCGCAAUCUGGAUGCUUAAAAUAUUGGCGCAAAAAUAACAGUACUAUGCCCUGUUGUCCUUCUCUUUUUCACUUUCUUUCUCUUCAUAUCUCUCUUUCUUUCUUUAUUUCCAUUACACAGACACAAAAACGCACUCUCCAUCAUGUCCUCAUGCUGCCCGCCCCUCUCCUCUCUUGAUCGAAUUAAAAGAAAAGCAAAACGAAACGAAUAGAACGUAGAUUCGUUUCGUCUAGUAUAUGCAAGACAAAAUAAAUACAAAAAUAGUGUUAGUUUCCCUUUGUGAAAUCAGUUUGCAAUAAAUAGUUGAAACAACAUAGCACACAGUUCUCUAGUAAAAGUCUCUCUAAAAGUGAGGAGUAAUAAUAAGAGUAAAAAGCAAAAAAACAACCAAACCGAUGUAAAUACUUUUAAAACGAAGCUUUCCCAAACGAAUGUUUGCAUAAAAAAAAGAGACGUGUUACACAGCACACAUCGUGCUGUGGUAAAUUCAUUCUAUUUUACGUUCUGCGCCUAAUCCGAGACCAAAUGUAAAUUUAUCAAAGUUUGAAAAGUGUGGUCAAGAAUGAAGAAAAAGGAGAAAACACCGUGCAAAUCAAGAAAGGCGUUAAAAAUAAUCAUUUAAACAAUGUAAAACAAGAACAACAAAAACAUCCAACUUUUAGAUAAAAAUUCUCUCCUGCAUAAAUGCUGAUAAAAUGACGCUGAAGGGUCCAAACCUGUUUGCCUCUACGACAGAAUCAUUAAACGAAGUAAGAAAAAGAAUUAAAAAAAA